ACAAAACUUACAUGGAUAAAAGAUUGAUGUUACAAUAAGGAGAUCCUGACGCACUCUUCAUUUUCGUUCGUUAUUCAAAUGUGUUAAUGUAACAAAACUCACAAGGAUAAAAGAUUGAUGUUACAAUAAGGAGAUCCUGACUCACUCUUCAUCUUCGUUCGUUAUUUAAAUGUGUUUAUGUAACAAAACUCACAAGGAUAAAAGAUUGAUGUUACAAUAAGGUACGUAACAUGUAAAGAACUAAAGCAAACAUAAUUUUGUCCACACGAUCGUCGUAUAUGAAGUCUUAUUUCUAAAACAAAGAAUAAAAAAUGGCUUCGCCACAUGAAAAAUUAAAAAUUGAGGAAAAUAGAUCUCGUUUGAGUAAACUUUUAAUCAAUAAAGGAACCCAAGCCUUAAAAACAACACUGCAAUCUUUAUUAAAGCCAUCAAGUUUAGCUAGUAAACUUAAAGAUCCCUCUACAAAGAAGACACUAACAUCUUUGAAAUUUAAAGUCAUCAAGAAUGAGCAAUGGGAUCUUCUUUACCCGUCCAUUGGUGACCCUGACAUUGAAAACUUUGACAUCAAAUUAUUAACUGUCUUAUUGCGAAAUAUAUGUGGUCUAAGAGCGCCAACUACAGGAUGGGAUAAUCUUCCUUCCUCUUCAGAUGCCUCAAUCUCAGCAAAGAUUGCAAGAAUAUAGUUUUAUCGAAACAAAGUGUAUAGUCAAAUAACUACAACUGGUUUAAAUGACAGUGAGUUUGAGUACUUGUGGCAGGAAAUUUCAAAAGCAUUGGUUGGUCUGGGUAUUCAACAAACUGAAAUAGAUGAAUUAAAGAAAGCUCCCCUCAGUACUGAUGAGGCAAGGUAUCUUGAAAGGUUACAAAAAUGGAGUACUGUUGUUGAGAAAACAAAAGAAGAUAUGGAAGAUAUAAGAAAUAACGUGGAGCUUGAAAAGUGGAAAUACAUUGAUGAACCAACGAAACAUAGAGACUUGUUUUUAAAAUUAAUUGAAUAUGGGCGCAAUCGCAGUGUUGAGGUUAAAGUGGUGGGCAAUGUACGUGUAAUUUUCUCAGAAGAAUUUUGCAUUGGCGAAGGAAGUAAUGCAACCCGUGUUUAUCUUGGACUGGGUAAGGAUGGUUACGGUAAAGCAGUCAAACGAAUACAUCGAGAUAGCUUUAUCCAGCUUGCACAGCAAGAAAAGAACAUUUUGAAUGAUACUAAAGCAAGAAAGUCGAAAUAUGUUGUGAAUUAUUUCUACUUAGACGAAGAUAAUGGAACGGAUUAUGUUUAUUUGAUCUUAGACUUAUGUGAAGAAUCACUGGUGAAGUUUGUGAAAGAUUCUACUUUGCAUGAUCUUCAAAAAGCUCUUCCUGAUAUUCUUAGACAAAUUUUAAAAGGAUUAGCUGAUCUUCAUAGCGACCCAAAUCCUAUUCUACAUCGGGAUUUGAAGCCUUCAAAUGUUCUGCGAGACUCAAAAAGCAAAUUUUUGAUAGCUGACUUUGGCAUAAGUCGAAUAAUGAAGAAUGACACUACAACAUAUAAAAGCAAUUCUUCCAUGGGAACUUUGCAUUGGAUAGCUCCUGAAUCAUAUUGCGAAGAUGAUGAUUCAGUAAACAAAGCGCGUUACAAAAGAAGGUCUGAUGUAUAUAAUGCAGGGAUGGUAGCUUAUUAUGUAACAACAAAAGGAAAACAUCCUUUUGGAAUUAAACGGUAUAGACUGGACAACAUGCUGAAUGGAAACCCUGUUGGUUUGGAUGAAAUCGAGAAUGAAACACUAAAGGACCUCCUGUCGUGGAUGUUAAAACUAAAACCUGAAGACAGACCAUAUUCUAACGAAGCAUUAAAACACCCAUUUCUCAUGUCAGAUGAUGAGAAGUUUGAAAUGUUAUGUGAAGUUGGGAAUCUUCAUCAGAUUAAGACAAAUGAUCUCCUGUCAAGGGUCGUUCAACAAUUGAAUAGCGAAUGCGUACUUUGGAAAAGUCAAAUUAAUUGGGAUGUCUAUGAUUAUUUUCGCACGUACGAGAACAAUGGAAAACUUUAUAAGGUCCAUUAUACAUCUUCAUGGGCAGAAUGCUUAAGGCUCAUUCGAAAUACUCGCCAGCAUUGGAACGAUCGACCUCUACCACAACCAGAAUUAUUUUACAAGAUUGGCGAUUACAGGGCGUAUUUUCUCCGAGCAAUUCCUAAUCUCCCUGUUGGGGUACAUGCUGCUGUCAGGUCAAAUGAAGAAUUGAGAAACAAACCAGAACUCAAGAACUUUUUUAAUUUUAAUGAAAGCGAACUACAUCAAUAAACAAUUUAGACAAAACAGAACCUGUUAGGGGUAAAAAAAGUAGUUGUUAAGAAAUCAUUCAUACUGUAAAGAUCUUAUUUUACAGAUAUAAAGAAAAACAGUUUCCACGACGUAUUUAGAUGAUAUUUCACCACAUUUCUGCUGAAUCUAUAGCCUGUGGUAUUCAUUGAUACAAUGUAACAUACCUGAUUAUUUAAUUUUUACUAUAAAUUGUUUUGGAAAAAGACUGAAGGCGAAUAUGACAUGAAAAGUUAACUUUUAUGUUUAGCUGCACUGAUAAAUUUUGCACUACAUUCAUCCAACAUAAUAAACUCAUUUACGAUAA